UCUGGGCGCCGCCAUGUUGGAGGCUCAAGGCCCGAGCUCCAGCGGGGCUAACUCCGCCUGGCAGAUGCUGGAAGUGCGGCCGGGGCUAUACCUAGGUGGAGUCGCGGCUGUCGCGGAGCCGGACCAGCUGAGGGAAGCAGGCAUCACGGCUGUGCUGACGGUGGACUCGGAAGAGCCCGGCUUCAAGGCAGGGGCUGGGGUCGAGGGUCUCCGGAGCCUCUUCGUGCCAGCGCUGGACAAACCCGAGACCGAUCUGCUCAGCCAUCUGGACCGGUGCGUGGCCUUCAUCGGCCAGACCUGCACCGAGGGCCGUGCGGUGUUGGUGCACUGUCAUGCAGGAGUCAGUCGAAGUGUUGCUAUAGUGACUGCUUUUUUGAUGAAGACUGACCAACUUACUUUUGAACAAGCCUAUGAAAACGUCCAGGCUAUCAAACCAGAGGCUAAGAUGAAUGAGGGGUUUGAGUGGCAACUGAAAUUAUACCAGGCAAUGGGAUAUGAAGUGGAUACCUCUAGUGCAAUUUAUAAGCAAUAUCGUUUACAAAAGGUUACAGAGAAGUAUCCAGAAUUGCAGAAUUUACCUCAAGAACUCUUUGCUGUUGACCCAACCACCAUUUCACAGGGAUUGAAAGAUGAAGUUCUCUACAAAUGUAGGAAGUGCAGGCGAUCCUUAUUUCGAAGUUCUAGUAUUUUGGAUCAUAAGGAAGGAAGUGGGCCUAUAGCCUUUGCCCAUAAGAGAAUGACAACACCUUUCAUGCUUACCACAGGGAGUCAGGCUCAAUGUACAUCUUAUUUCAUUGAACCUGUACAGUGGAUGGAAUCCACUUUGUUGGGAGUGAUGGACGGCCAGCUUCUUUGCCCAAAAUGCAGUGCCAAGUUGGGUUCCUUCAAUUGGUAUGGUGAACAGUGCUCGUGUGGUAGAUGGAUAACACCUGCUUUUCAAAUACAUAAGAAUAGAGUGGAUGAAAUGAAAGUGCUGCCAGUUUUGGGAUCACAAACAAGAAAAAUAUGAACUUGUGCCAUUUGAUAGAUUGAAAAGAAACUUGCUGAUAGAAUAUGCUACCGUUGUUUAUUAUCAUUCAAGGCAGAUUGUCUGGUUUUUAGGCCAUCAACAUUUCAUUUGAAAUGUGAGAAUAUAAAAUCACUUGAUGUAUCAUGGAAACUAUGCUUUGUUAGCUUAUUACAUGGUAUAAGAAUACAAGGCAGUCGAAGCUUUUUAAUCAUGUAAAAUUUAUUUUAUUUAAUAUUAAAAUCUUCUACAACCCUGAUACUUUCUUUGUUUCAUAUAUAUUUUUUAAGUUCUCAUUUUUUGGAAUGUUAGUUAUGUGAUCUUAAGGCCUGGAUGGACAAAAAUUAUGUACAAAAAUUUGAAACUGUUAUGUUUAGAUAGGAAUUCUUUUAUUUCCAGAAAUGUAA